CUGUAUGCAUUCUGGCAAUUCUAGAUUAAAAGAUGCCAGGGAAGGUUAAAGUCCGAGUGGUGGCAGGCCGAAACCUGCCUGUUAUGGACCGCUCAUCAGACACAACAGAUGCUUAUGUGGAAGUAAAGCUAGGAGCUGUCACCUACAAGACGGAAGUCUACAGAAAAAGCCUGAAUCCACAGUGGAAUUCAGAGUGGUUUCGGUUUGAGGUGGAUGACCAAGAACUCCAGGAUGAGCCCCCUUCAGGUUCGCCUGAUGGACCAUGACACUUACUCAGCCAACGAUGCUAUCGGCAAAGUGUAUGUGGAUCUGAACCCUCUGCUCCUGCCACCUCCAAGCCCCCCACACUCUCAGCGACACCAGCAGGAUCCUUCCCAACCAGGAACUGCUGUUAUGUCUGGUUGGCUACCAGUCUACGACACAAUGCAUGGGAUUCGUGGCGAAGUCAACAUUGUCGUAAAAGUUGACCUGUUCUCAGACUUCAACAAAUUUCGUCAGUCAUCAUGUGGCGUCCAGUUUUUUUUUAAUCCAGAAAUUCCUGCUGGUUAUAGAUGCCAGAAUAUUGUUGGCUUUGUAGAAGAACUUGUUGUAAACGACGAUCCAGAGUACCAGUGGAUUGACAAAAUCCGAACGCCCAGAGCAAGCAACGAAGCACGACAGACGCUAUUUUUCAAGCUUUCCGGAGAGCUACAGAGACGCAUUGGGCUCAAAGUGUUGGAACUUGGUGGGAAUGCUGUGAUUGGGUAAGGGCUGCAUGCAUAACUC